CAACAGCGAACGGUAUAGCAAACGCGAAGUUAAACGAGCGACCUGAAAGGAUAUUUAAGAAUUGUGGAAUAAAAUAAAAUACAAGAGAAAAAUGUUUAAAAUCGUAUUGUGUGUGCUCAGCACAAUCCUGGUGGCGGAGUGCGCGCUCCCAAGCCACAUUUCGGCUCGUGCUGAUAUCUCAUUGGGCAACUUUCUGCUGGCCCAUCAAGGACGCGCCACAACACCGUCAUCAAUGCAAUGUUUCAGUCUUUAUGUGCCGCUACUGACCGAAGCGUCCAACCAGUGGGCCGUAGAAUAUGAGAAAUGCGUUAAAGCGGCCGAAGAUGGUCGUGAUAAUAUUUUGGAGCAGGCGAGCUCGCAACAGAAAGACAUCUCUACAUUGGCAGGAGGUGUUUGUAAUUACGUACAAUCGUGUGAUGUUAUCAGUGAUUCGUUGUCGGCGCUCGACUGUUUCGGCUACUUGUCUUCAAACACACUAUCCACCAUUUACACGGUCUCCAAUAAUGCUUCCGAUCUAGCAGCUACCUUGCGUCAGCAAAUAAACCUCAUUGACGUCGAGUCCUAUCGCUGCUCAAACGCGAGUGAACGUCAGUAUGUGGAGCGCACAGGACAAAUCUACACGGCGCUCAAUUUUUGCUUGGAAAAUGGCCCACCACCAACAAUAGCACCACCCACCACCUCCACUGCCGCCACCCCUGCUCCAUUGUCCGCUGCCGUAAAUGAUAUCCAACUGAUUUCUGCUCCUCGUCGUACGCCCCUGGGUGUUUUGAACAGUCAACCUCGUUCGGCUAUUCCUGCACCGAGGAGUGGUUUAAUUACCGUUUUAAAUAAUUCGUUGCAACAAAAUGGAGAUCAAGCGGCACAAAAUGUGUAACAUGUUGUUGUAAAAUAACGCCGCAAGAAAUUCUGUUUUACUGUUUCAAGCGAAAUACGAGUAAACCGAAAAGGCAAAAAUAUAUAUAUUUAAAUCCUAAAGCAUACACAAGUAAAUUAUUGGUUUUAAAGUAAUUGUACUUUAGUUAAAUUAAGGCCCUUUCUAAAGGAAACGAAACAUAUUGGACAUUCGAAAAAGUAUUUUCGUAUUUUGUCGUUGUUAAAUUCGGGGAAGUUGAGUGAAAAUAAUGAAGAAAUUCGAUAUAUUUUGAAUUUUUUGUAUUAAAAUGGGAAGAAAGUUUGAUUAGAUAUACGAACAGACUUUUUCGACUACACAAUAUUAUAAAACUUAGUUUAGACAUGAGCAUUGGUGUGUACAUUCCCGAAAAUAAUCGUAAACAAAGUCACAAAUCUUGUGACUGCUCAAAUUUAUUCGAAGCAUAGAUGUUCUCAAAAUAGAUAUGUAUUACAUAUGUACACUUCCCGUAGCAUAAACAUUAUUUUGUUUUCAAGUUCAUUGUACGAGGUAGGAUCACUUCUAUCGGUCAAACAAAAAAUAUUACCUGUUUAAAUCAAAAGAAACGAUAAAGAGAAUAUGAAAGAAUGAAGGAAAAAGAUAGAGAGAAAUAAGAGCGAAAAAAUAAAAAUAAAUAAACAAUCCAAAAAAUCUUAAA